AUGUCGCCAGUGAGGUCACAGCGGGUCACAGUGGAACCCUCGUGGUGCCAGAGCUUUGCAGAGCUGGCCUUUGUGACACCAGAGCUUCAAAGAACCAACAUCUCCGAGCAGAUCAGACCAAACAAUAGAUUUGCCCCAUCAAAAGAGAAAUUUUACCACAGAACCAUUGUCCAGAACAACUGUUUCUACAGGGGACUAGUUGCCACUCAAAACUGUAAACCUCUGAAUCUGGGCCAGAAAAGCAAGGCUCCCUUUGAAUACAUAACGAAUUACAGAAUGAAUUAUGUGCCACCUCCUCUGGUGAAACAUGAUGUACAUAAAAUGCAGAAAUAAAAGGUCAAUUAUGUUUCAUUUGAUGGCCUCACUACACACAGAUUUUCUUACCUGGGGUGGGCUGGUUAGCCAACCAAACUUCCAAAACCAUACCAGACAAAGCCAGUCCCUCUUCCUUUCUCCACUACAACUGAAUUUCAGGAAAAAUACAAAGCUUGACUACAGCCUCCUGUAUUCACCAGAAAAGCUGAUAUAUAUCUUCCUCCUCUGGAGAAAGUGGACCUUCACACCACUACUUGGACACACUGGAAGCACUCAAAUGAAAAGCCAGCCAAGUUGUGUCAAUCUUUGGCCCAGCUUAAUAAAAUUACUGAGCCAUUUAAUAGCUCUUCUAUAGUGAAGGAAGACUAUAAGCCUUGGCUAUGAAAUAGACUAAAACCUAUCACUCAUGCUUCAACUUUCCCAGCAAAACCAAUAGAUUUCUUGGCUAUGUUUUGGACCCAUCAUGGGCCUCAUUCUCUCACAGUAUGUACCUAUAAACCUGUCUGGUCAGGCUGAAAACAUUGCACUCCCCUAGAUGCUAAAACAACCCACACUCCCAGUUACACACCAAAGGGCUUUGUUAGAUGCCUGGCCCCUUACAAAGACCCCAUCUUUGAGAAAACUGAUGCUGACAGCUUGAUUUUGUUUGGUACCUUCUUUUAA